GAGAAGUACUUACAAAGUAAAGAAUAUGUGCUCAAAGCAAGAAGCUUGUCACAAGUACUACAGAAAGCGACUUGGGGUAGAACGACACAAUUUAUUCCUUCUUUGAAUGAACACUUUCAGUAAUGAUUGGUCUCCCAAAUCUUACAGAGCAAAUCUUGGAGUCUGGGCCACCAGGAAGAUUAAAGAUGAGGAUAUCCUGGAUGUUCUUCUCUCUUUUGCUCCUGCUUCUUGCCUCAGAUGAGUUUGGCCCUGCCUUGUCUACACGCGGGGUGUAUGCGGCAAGGAUCCCUGAGCAUACAUGUCACAAGGUUAUUGCGACAAACAUAUGUAAGUUGCAGAAAUGCAUCCAGGAAUGUUCCAAGGAACCAGCUGGUGCGGGAGAUUGCAGAGACAACAUUUGUUAUUGCUCAUACUACUGUAAGGAUCCCCCAAUGUGAUUCAUUUUAUUUCUGCUUUUGGCCUUCGUUGUUUUGAGCUUGUGCUAGAAACUAGAAAUUGAGAGAGAUGGAGUCAUUUACAGAUUAAAGAGAUUCAGGAUAUAUUACCUACUGUUUUCAGUUCUUUCCAUGUUUUAUGACAUACACGUAUCGAUAUCUGAGCUGCCCUGUGUAUCAUCACGCCACAAAUACUCGCAUAUGGUUAGAAUAGUACCAUGCCUAAAUGCAAAACGAAGGAAUAUAAGAAAACAAAACGAGAAGCACAAGAAGAUAGGUGUGAGAGAACUUAACCAUUUUCGGAAAAAAGAUUUGCACAAAGUAUUUGCUCUUAUAUAUAAUUGGCUCAAUUAAUAAAUUGGUUUGUCUUGAUCGUAAUGGGUAAUUGGAUUCAAAUAAUAUGUAUAAUUUUUCAUUUAUAUUAAUUUCGAAUCUUAUAAAAUAUGGUAUAUAUUUUAUUUUUAAUUGCAAGAAAUAUAAUAUAUCUAUUCUUUUGAAGAUUUGAAUUCUAUGAGAAAAUGUGUUGU